AUGUCGCAACAGCUUCCGGCCAAGGAUCAGGCCGUCUUUCGGUCCAUCGUGAAGUUCUACGAGACCAAGCAGUACAAGAAAGGAGUCAAGGCUGCUGAUACAAUCCUUAAGAAACAUCCGGAACAUGGAGAGACUUUGUGCAUGAAGGGCUUGACGGUCAGCUACCUGGACCGCAAGGAGGAAGCGUACGAGCUGGUUCGGAAGGGAGUGAAGUGCGACUUGAAGAGCCACGUCUGUUGGCACGUCUUCGGUCUGCUGUAUCGACAAGAUCGCGACUAUCACGAGGCGGUGAAAUGCUACCGACAGGCCUUGCGUUUCGAUCCUGAAAACAUUCAGAUCCUCCGCGACCUGUCGCUGCUGCAGAUUCAUCGUCGCGAUGUCACAGGCUUCGCUGAGACCAGGAGAAAACUCUUGCAGGUGAAGCCGAACAAUCGGCUGAACUGGGUGGGCUAUGCAAUCGCAGAGCACCUGUGUAAGAGCUAUGAAUUUGCGUGGACCUGCAUCGACAACUACGAGAAUUCUUUUAAGGAGCAAGACCAAGUCUCGAACUAUGAGAAUUCGGAGCUCCACUUGUACAAGGCCUCCAUCAUGGAAGAGGCCGGCAAGUUCGAGGAAGCUUUAGCCUGCCUGAAGCAGAACGAGUCGCAAAUCGUCGACAAGCUCAGCCUUUGGGAGGCCAAGGGCCGUAUUUCGAUGUUCCUGGGACGACAUGAGGAAGCCCAGGAGCAGUUCAAGAAGUUGGUGAAGAUCAACCCAGAACAUCAGGUCUACGCCCUUGCAUACAUGGCCUCGCAGUCCGAGUUUGCGAGUUUCUGGCCUCCUUUGCCAGCGCCGCAGAAUGGCGAGGAGAACCCUGCGGCUGUUCCCAAGUCGGUGCUCUCCUUUCCCAACACCCUGCAUCCGCAAGGUAUGCCCGUCUUCGGCUGGCUGCCUCCCCGGCACGCCCUGAAGCCGCAGCGGCGGCUGGUCAUCGGCCGGAAGCAGCACAAGCGACGGAUUGACACCCUCGAGACAGAGGUGCCCCUGAACGACGAGCAGCAGGAAGCUGUUGUGAAACUCUUCGAGGAGCUUCGGGAAGAGUUCCCCAAGUCCGACUCGUUGAAGAGGCUUCCGCUGUUUUUCAUCACUGGGCAGCUCUUCAAGGCCAAGUUGGACGAGUACCUCCGGAACCGGCUCCGCAAAGGCGUGCCGUCGUUGUUUCGGACCAUCCGCUCGUACUACUUCUCGCCCGAAAAACCCGAGUUGGUCCAGGAGCUGCUCCUGCAGUACGUGAAAUGUCUGAAGGAGGACAUUUCUUGGUUUGGACCUCCUGUUGGAGGGACUGCAGAGCCUCCUAAGAUGUGCGAUGAAGAGCCGCCCACCGCCCUGCUGUUCACCUUGAUGACUCUGGCGGAGCACUUCGACUUUAUGGGCGAGACCCACAAGGCCUUGGAGCACGUGGACGAGGCCAUCGCUCACACGCCCACCUUGGUGGAGCUCUACGCCUGCAAGGCGCGGAUCUUCAAACACGCUGGCGAUCUUGAGAAAUCUGCCAAGUGCUAUGAGGAGGUGAGAGAAAUGGACUUGGCGGAUAGAUACCUCAACACGCAGUGUGUGAGGGCGAUGCUGAGAGUGGAUGAUACGCAAGGUGGCAUGGAGAAGGCCUUGCUCUUUAGCAAGGAGCCAGACUCGCAUGAGGCGGCUAACCUUCACGACAUGCAGUGCAUGUGGUACGAAUCUGCCGUGGGGCGGAGCUACUACAGGCAGAAGAAGUAUGGCAAAGCCUUGAAACAGUUCCACGAGACCUUCAAGCAUUUCAGCGACAUCGCGGAGGAUCAGUUUGACUUCCACAAUUAUUGCCUGCGGAAAACCACGCUGAAGGCGUAUGUGGCGAUGUUGAGGAUGCAAGAGAGGCUCUACUCGCACAAAUUCUACCGCCGCGCCGCCAAGGACGCAGUCAAGAUCUAUCUUGAACUCUACGACGCCAAAGUCGCUGGUGCCUUGACUUGGGGCAGUUCUGUUGAAUCGGCAACUGGGGAUUCAUCCAGCUCAGACUGUGUGGAUGGUCCGGAUCUUAGAUCGGAAGGUGGGGACGCUGAAGGCUUGAAGGUGUGGCCGGAGGCGACAAGGCGGAUGGAUACCCCCAGGCUGCUGGUUGGGCAGGCGAUGGGGCUGCAAAGACAGGCAAUGAAGAUGAGCUGA